CUGGUGGCAAUACUUUACUAAAUUGUCUUUCAGUCGCAAUUAAAAUCCCAACAAAAAGCAAGACAGGAGGUUUGCCAAACUUCCGCCGCUGACUGUCGUGGAAGAAACCCUGUCUGGAAGUCAACUAGUCAUGGAUGGCGAAGAGAAAACCUACGGUGGCUGUGAAGGCCCAGAUGCCAUGUAUGUGAAGCUGAUCUCUUCAGAUGGCCAUGAGUUCAUAGUCAAAAGAGAACAUGCCUUAACUUCUGGGACAAUUAAGGCUAUGCUGAGCGGACCUGGCCAGUUUGCGGAAAAUGAGACAAAUGAGGUCAAUUUCAGAGAGAUCCCAUCUCACGUCCUCUCCAAAGUGUGCAUGUACUUCACCUAUAAAGUGCGAUACACCAACAGCUCCACGGAGAUUCCUGAAUUCCCCAUUGCCCCCGAGAUUGCACUGGAACUGUUAAUGGCUGCGAACUUCUUAGAUUGUUAAAAGACCGAAAGUAAAUGUCCAAGCCUCAGCGUGUUAGUUGUGUUUUUGCAUAUUUAACUUGUGUAUGCAGUUUAUUUGAGAAGGAGAUGGAAUGAGUUGCUUUUUAUGUAUCCUCAGUAAACUUGUUUAUUUUUUUCCUGUGCACUAAGUAUUACUCCACCUUUUACUAAUAGUGAUUAACUUCAUUUUAAUAAACAUGGCUGCACACACCCUUA